CCGUUUCGGCGCCCCUUCUUCCUGCGCCUGCGCGGAGCUUGCGCACUUUCCAUUUCUCCUUCAGGGUGGAAGGACGUCCUGUCGAGGCGAAUAACCACCAUGACUUCCAGUGCUUUGUCCAAACCUCAGAUGCGAGGCCUUCUGGCCAAACGUCUUCGAGUUCAUAUUGUUGGAGCAUUCAUUGUAUCCCUGGGGGUUGCAGCUCUCUAUAAGUUCGCUGUGGCUGAACCAAGAAAGAAAGCAUAUGCAGAUUUCUACAGAAAUUAUGAUUCCAUGAAAGAUUUUGAGGAGAUGAGGAAGGCUGGGAUCUUUCAGAGUGCAAAGUGAUCUUGAAACAUAAAGUGUCUGAACUUGACUGCUUUUGUGCCUCCUGACCACUUUGGCUUGACUUCCAUGGAAGUUUGUCACUAACUUGUGUUCCUGAACUAUGAAACGUGACUAUCUGAGCUAAGGAGUAAUUUCUCUUGAUAAAUAAACAAAUACUGUGGAUGGAA